CAUGUAUCUUACCGCCUCGUCAUUCAUUCAUUCAUUCAAAUCGUCAGUUAGCAUCCAUGGCAAAGGCAAAUAAGCUCUUUCAUCUUCUGUUAAGGUUUUUAGCUUUUGGUAGCACCCUUUGUGCAGCUAUUGUAAUGGCGACUAGUCAUGAAAAGGCCACAGUUUUGAACAUUUCUUUUGAGGCAAAAUAUAGUAACACUCCUUCGUUCAAGUUUUUCUUCAUUGGAAACGCGAUUGGAUGCAUAUAUAGUCUCUUGGUUCUGUUUAUUCGUUCCAGUGGACAUUCGUUUGGCCGCGUGAUUUUGGCUUUGGAUAUGAUUGUCACAAUGCUGCUUACUUCUUGUGUUUCCGCGGCACUAGCAAUAGCAUAUGUGGGAAAGAAAGGGAACUCGCAUGCAGGUUGGCUUCCGAUAUGCGGCCAAGUAACUGAAUUUUGUGACCAUGUAACUGGAGCUCUGAUAGCUGGUUUCAUCGGUGUGAUAAUUUACUUACUAUUGCUUCUAUCCCAUUCAAUCAAUCCUCUCCUUGUUUCGAAGGCUUAGUUGGAUUCUCAGUCUCUCUUUCCCGUAGUAUACAUUUUUCAGCAGUAAUUAGUAGGUUUGUAUGGUUACACACAUCUCAACAUUGAAAAGACAGAAAUUACUGGCAGAAAUUCAGUUUAUGUAUUACGGAAUUUACUUUCAGUUUAUGUAUUACGGAAUUUACUCAAGAUCAAGAAAUAUUACAUCUACCAGAAAAUACUUGUAUUAAGCAAUAUAACAGAAUCACUGUUUUGGGACAAACUUCUGCCUCAUUGUUGAUUUAAUCACUAUGGACAAUUAUGAAAUUGUUAUUUUUUUCUUGCCA